CUGGGACUUCCCUGAGCCGCUGAGCAGGAGCUGAAACACAGAACCCCCAGUGUUGCUGCAGGCUCUACAGCGUGUGCCCAGGAUGAUGUCCUAUGGAGAGAGGCUGGGGGCCCCUGCUGUCUCCCCACUCCCAGUUCGCGGGGGGCACAUGAUGCACGGGGCAGCCUUUGCCUAUGUGCCCAGCCCUCAGGUCCUGCACAGGAUCCCAGGGACCUCCGCCUAUGCCUUCCCCAGCUUGGGCCCCGUGGCCCUCGCCGAGCACAGCUGCCCCUUCGGGGAGGUUCUGGAUCUCCAUGACCCUUUGUCUGCCAAGCUGGCCCUGGAGGAGGAGCAGAAGCCAGAGCCCGGACUGGUCCAGAAGCUGCACCGGGCUGGCCUGAGCCUCCUCAAGGUGCCACUGAUGCUCUCUUUCCUCUAUCUCUUCGUCUGCUCUCUGGAUGUGCUCAGCUCGGCCUUCCAGCUGGCUGGAGGGAAGGUGGCUGGCGACAUCUUCAAAGACAAUGUCAUCCUGUCCAACCCGGUGGCGGGACUGGUGGUGGGCAUCCUGGUGACCGUGCUGGUGCAGAGCUCCAGCACCUCCACGUCCAUCAUUGUCAGCAUGGUCUCCUCUGGCUUGCUGGACGUGAGCUCUGCCAUCCCCAUCAUCAUGGGCUCCAACAUCGGCACCUCUGUCACCAACACCAUCGUGGCCCUGAUGCAGGCGGGGGACAGGACGGACUUUCGGCGGGCCUUCGCGGGGGCCACCGUGCACGACUGCUUUAACUGGCUGUCAGUCCUGGUCCUGCUGCCCCUGGAGGCUGCCACUGGGUACCUGUACCAUGUCACUCGACUCGUGGUGGCCAGCUUCAACAUACGGGGUGGCCGAGACGCCCCUGACCUGCUGAAGAUCAUCACGGAGCCCUUCACUAAGCUCAUCAUCCAGCUGGACAAGUCCGUGAUUACCAGCAUCGCCACCGGUGAUGAGUCCCUGAGGAACCACAGUCUCAUUAAGAUCUGGUGCCACCCAGAACCCCUGGAGGCUCCCACCCCUAUGCCCAGGGCAGAGGCCAACACCAGUCGGAGCCUUGGAAAUGCCACCAUGGAGAAAUGCAACCACAUCUUCGUGGACACCGGGCUGCCUGACCUGGCCGUAGGGCUCAUCCUGCUGGCUGGCUCCCUGGUGCUCCUGUGUACCUGCCUCAUCCUCCUUGUCAAGAUGCUCAACUCUCUGCUCAAGGGCCAGGUGGCCAAGGUCAUUCAGAAGGUUAUUAACACCGACUUCCCCGCCCCCUUCACCUGGGCCACAGGCUACUUUGCCAUGGUGGUGGGUGCUGGCAUGACAUUCGUUGUCCAGAGCAGUUCUGUGUUCACCUCGGCCAUCACGCCACUCAUUGGCCUGGGUGUGAUCAGCAUUGAGCGUGCCUACCCCCUCACACUGGGCUCCAACAUUGGCACCACCACCACAGCCAUCCUGGCUGCACUGGCCAGUCCCCGGGAGAAGCUGUCCAGCGCCUUCCAGAUCGCCCUCUGCCACUUCUUCUUCAACAUCUCGGGUAUCCUGCUGUGGUACCCAGUGCCCUGCACACGCCUGCCCAUCCGCAUGGCCAAGGCUCUGGGCACGCGCACCGCCAAGUACCGCUGGUUCGCGGUCCUCUACCUCCUGCUCUGCUUCCUGCUCAUGCCCUCUCUGGUGUUUGGCAUCUCCAUGGCAGGCUGGCGGGCCAUGGUAGGUGUGGGCGCACCCUUCGGGGCCCUGCUGGCUUUCGUGGUGCUCGUCAGCAUCCUGCAGAGUCGCAGCCCCCGGCACCUGCCCAAGUGGCUGCAGACGUGGGACUUCCUGCCCCCCUGGAUGCACUCCCUGAAGCCCCUGGACCGCCUCAUCACCCGUGCCACCCUGUGCUAUGCCAGGCCCGAGCCCCGCUCCCCCCCACUGCCCCGCUCUCCCCCACUGCCCGCCAGGGUCUUCCUGGAGGAGCUUCCCCCGGCCACACCAUCUCCCCGCCUUGCCCUGCCUGCUCGCCACAAUGCCACCCGCCUCUAGGCGUUGGGCCAGACUGCCACGUGGGGUGGGGAAGGGCCUGUGCCUGGUGCCAGAGGUGGAAAGGCAGAGGGGUAGGUCUGUGUCCUGUGGGCGUGGGCCUGUCCUUGUGCAGGUCCUCGGAGGUCUGGGCUGUGUGGUGUGUGAGCCUGUGUGUCAGCCUGCGCGUGUGUACAUGAUGAUGUACCUGUGGGGGCGCUGUGCAGGCUGCAGGCUACCUGGGGAUAAUUUCCUGUCCUUUGCACAUAUGUUUGGAGGCCUGUGCUUGUGUCCUUGUGUGCAUACAACUCCAACAGGGCGGGCAGGAGGAAGGGUAGGUCUGAGUAGUGACUUGCAGCUGUUUGCUUGUGUAUAGAUGUGGUGCCUGAGUCACUGGCUGUAUUCUCACCCCUCCCGGCCACCUUCCUUCCUUCAUGAUACCACUCUCCUCGUCCUCACCCAGCUUUCUGAAUCACCACUAAGAUGCCCUUUCCCAACACUGCCUGA